CGUUUCGACAUUUUCUGUAACAGUACGUGAUCUUCGCUCUUUGUUGUAGUUAUCAAGUGAUCUUCAAAUAUUUCUGGACGGUACUUACACACCACCACUGCAGUCGAUUGCAAUCAUUUAAAUAGGGCUUUGGGAUUGAUAAAGGCAUAAUGACUAUGCUUACGUCAUCCGAAUGUAAAAGACAAUUCAAUCGAAGCGGAAAUAAUGAGCAAAUAUGAAAAAACAAGACAAGACAAAAACUUGGAUCACGUAACUCUCUAGGGUAUAAUAGAUGUUAUGCCUGUGUUUGAUCGCUAAGCCUAUAUAUUUAAGUGCUUUUUCUUCGAAGUAUUCCUAUAAAUUGCAAAGUAUCCUACUAAAAUCUUUCAUUUGAAAAAUGAAGCCAUUUGGAGUGUGUUUUCUGUUUAUUUACUAUUUGACUGUUAUCAUCGUAACAGAAUCCGUCCAAGAAAAAAUAGUUCAACAAUACAGCGACACAUUUCUGAAAGACUUAUCACUUUACUACUGUCGUCCUUCUCUUAUCAUCGAUGACGGUGUUGUUGAACGAACCUGCAAAAUCACAUUAUCUGCAGAUAUACCACAGUCUGCAAAAGCUAGAGCAACAGCAGCCUCCAAUAUAUUCGCAAAAAGAGGAAAUCAAUUUAAAAAUUUCAUGUUGGGUAAGGACACUACCAAAGACGCGAGUAGUAGAGUUCAAAAAGGAUCAUAUAUACCAGUAAAAUCGAGUGGGAAACGAGACGAUCCAUCUUCUACAGCUUAUG